CUCUCGAUUAUAGGGUUUAUUGGAUUCUGCGAUUUUGCUGUUUGAUCUCUUCACUGACUCUCUAGUGUAGUCUCAGUUCAUUUCAAGGGGGAGCCAAUUUCGUAGCAAGAUGAUGAGAUCUGUUGCGAUUACGGGCAUGAGAUUUCUUCAUCGGCGGCACACUCUGGUGAAAGGUAAUCCUGGAACCGCUCCUGCUCUUUGUUGGAGACGAGCUUUUUCUGGUCACAGUUAUGAUUACAGAGAGAAAUUGAGUAGACGAAAUGAUUUGAAGUUAGACGAUGCUGUUGAUUUGUUCUGUCAAAUGGUAAAGUCUCGUCCUUUACCUUCCAUUGUUGAUUUCAGUAAAUUGUUGAGUGCCAUUGCUAAGAUGAACAAGUUUGAUGUUGUUAUCUCACUCGGUGAGCAGAUGCAGAAGUUGGGAAUUUCACAUAGUCUCUAUACUUACAAUAUUUUGAUAAACUGUUUUUGCCGACGCUCUCAGCUCUCUCUUGCUUUAGCUGUUCUUGGCAAGAUGAUGAAACUCGGUUAUGAGCCCGAUAUUGUUACGCUUUCUUCUCUUCUCAAUGGAUACUGUCACGGUAAGAGGAUUUCCGAGGCUGUAGCUUUGGUUGAUCAAAUGGUCGAAAUGGGAUAUCAACCUAAUACUGUUACAUUUACAACUUUGAUUCAUGGGCUUUUUCUUCACAACAAAGCUUUAGAAGCAGUGGCGCUAGUUGAUCAGAUGGCUGUGAAAGGCUGUCAACCAAAUCUGGUUACAUAUGGUGCUGUAGUAAAUGGAUUAUGUAAGAGAGGUGAUAUUGAUUUGGCUUUGAGUUUGUUGAAGAAGAUGGAGAAAGGGAAAAUAGAGCCAAAUGUUGUAAUCUACAACACAAUCAUCGAUAGUCUCUGCAAAUAUAGACAUGUGGAUGAUGCACUUAACCUGCUCAACGAAAUGGUGAUCAAAGGAAUUAGUCCAAAUGUUGUUACCUACAACUCCCUCAUAAGUUGCCUUUGUAAUUACGGGCGAUGGAGUGAUGCCUCUCGACUGCUGAGCGAUAUGAUCGAGAGGAGAAUCAACCCUAAUUCAAUCACUUUCAACACAUUGAUUGAUGCGUUUGUGAAGGUGGGGAAGCUUUUAGAGGCUGAGAAAUUGUACGAGGAGAUGAUCAAAAGGUCUAUAGAUCCUAAUGUCAUCACUUACAGUUCAAUGAUCAACGGGUUUUGUAUGCACGAUCGUCUAGACGAGGCCAAACAGAUGUUUGAGUUCAUGGUUAGCAAGGAUUGUUACCCAAAUGUAGUGACAUAUAAUACUCUCAUAAAGGGUUUUUGUAAGGCUAAGAAAGUGGUGGAUGGUAUGGAACUCUUUCGGAACAUGUCUCAAAGAGGAUUGGUUGGAAACACAGUCACUUACAACACUCUUAUCCAGGGGUUAUUUCAAGAUGGAGAUUGUGAUAUGGCUCAAGAACUAUUCAAAGUGAUGGUUUCUGAUGGUUUGCCUCCAGAUAUUAUCACAUACAACUUUCUGUUAGAUGGACUCUGUAAAAAUGGGAAGCUAGAGAAAGCAUUGGUGGUAUUCGAGUAUCUGCAAAAGAGUAAAUUGGAACCUGAUAUUUGCACAUAUAAUAUUAUGAUUGAAGGGAUGUGCAAGGCAAGGAAGGUGGAAGAUGGGUGGAAUUUAUUUUGUAGCCUCAGCCUUAAAGGAGUGAAGCCUGAUGUUAUAACCUACAAUACAAUGAUCUCAGGAUUCUGUUGGAAAGGUUUAAAGGAGGAAGCAGAUACCUUGUUCAAAAAAAUGAAAGAAGAUGGGCCUCUUCCAGAUAGUGGUACUUAUAAUACGCUUAUUAGGGCGCAUCUUAGAGAUGGCGACAAAGCAGCAUCAGCUGAACUCAUCAAAGAGAUGAGGAGUUGCGGGUUUGCUGGAGAUGCUUCAACCAUUGGCUUGGUGACUAAUAUGCUGCAUGAUGGGAGAUUGGACAAAAGCUUUCUGGACAUGCUUUCUUAAAAUAUCCUUGAAGUGAAUAAGCCUUUUUCUUACUACUUAUUACUUCUCAAUGCAGUCCUUAUGUUCAUGAAUAUGUUUGAUUAGCUUUCUGUUAUCCAGCAUUAUAGUUUUGGUGAACGUUUUAGGUUGUGAGUUUUUUUUUUUUCAUCCAAUAUUGUUUAUAUGUUUAUAUUAUAUGUUUCAUUUCAGAAGAUUACAUUUGUGUUUCUUUAGCUAACAAAUACAACAUUUUAGAUAUUUGGUGACAUUCGGAAGAAAAGAUGACAAAGCAGAGAAAUCAAUGAUAUUCUUUGAAUAGAAGAAUCUAUCAGUUUUCCGAAGAAGAUUUUUUUUUUAGUUUUCGGAGUUAGUCAAUGUUUGCCUCAUUUCUAUGUUGUUCUUUAUCUACACAGAACAAUCAACUUUCAUGGAUACAAAAGAAAAUCUUUCAAAAAUGAUCACGGGAAGUCGAGAAGAAAGAGAUCCAGUAGAGUAACCCAUCCUGGGAAAUUCCGGUCAUUGGAAAAAGUUUGGGAUUGGUACGAUGCCUUCUGAAACUUUCUUCAAAGACUGAAAGUUCCGAGAUUGGGUUGCUAUGUUGGAUCUCUGUCUUCUCAACUUCAUGUGAUCAUUUAUGACUCACAAGCAUUGAGAAAUAUGUGAGAUACUUGAACUAUUUUCUUUGAUUUCAUGAAAGUUAUUGGUUUUUGUGUUGACCAAUAACAUCAUAUAAUUGGGGCAAACAUUGCCUGAUAUUAUAGACGGAUAGAUUCUUUUUUUCUCCUCAUAAUGUCAUUGGUUCUACUUUUUGUCGUCUCUUUGGUAUGUUAUCUAAUAUUCUCAAUGUUGUAGUUGUUAGAUUUUUUUAAUCCCAAGUGGAACUGAGCCCACAAUAUUCCUCGUCUUCUUGAAAAUAGUAAUUAAAUCUUAAAGAUCUUUUGCUUGAUCUUUUUGACUGAACACAACUGCUCGCUUGAGAAGUUUUAGUAGCAGCAACAACAGAGGAUUCUCUUUGAUGUAGCUAUUUGUUUUCUUAGUGAUGGGUUUUUGAUGAUACAGUUUAGUCCUUUUCCUUCCACUAUUGAUUUCAGUAUAUACGGUUGCUGUUGUGUGUAAGCUUCAUGAAGAUGAUUGAUACUAUGCAUUUGUGUAUUUCAUUGUCAGGUUAACUCAAGAUCAGUGGUGAGCAUCAUAAGAAGCUCUUCCCUUCAUGAAGAUCUCAGACUUUUGUUUGGCAUAUGAUUGAUUGUUCUACUGUAGAUUUGGUGUUAACCACACUUGGUUGGGUAUUUCCUUCUCGGUUCUAUUUCCUGUACACAAAAUUUUCUGAAUCUGGUUCUUAUAGAAAUAUAAAUGAAACAUGUAAACCAGCUUGAGUUUGGUAAAUAUUAGGAUAGUGUUUCUUCUGUUUUUUUUGGUGCAAUGUCAAGGAGAUAAUACCGUGAAUGACACUCUUUUGGACACUUUUUAGUUUGGUAACAGUCUAAAAGUUGAGGGGAGGUUCUAAGGUGGUAGCAUUGCGUUGAAUUGACUGAGCAAGUUGGUAUUGAUGUCUUCAAUCAUGACGCUGUGCCAGGUUACUUUUGGAAGAUAGAUUGGUUGGAGAAGAAGGAGAAAGAGCUGUCUGAUUUGGCCAGUCUCCUAUGAGUUUACAUUCUAUUCUUCUCAGAACAAGACCUGAACGUUUCAGACAAUUAGCUUCUACUUGUUUUUCAACUUUUAGAUUUUGGCGGAGAUUCAUUGGAAGCUGUUUCUGAGGUAAAAUUGAGAAGAUGAUAAAUAGUAUCUUGUCAAAGCAAUGAAUAGUACAUUGUACAAGAUGCAUUCGAGCAAUAAAUGAGUUUGCAUGCCCUCGUGGCUUUGUUCUUCCAACCAUUUUUGUUUGUCAUCAUCUGAUACCCUCACCCAAACUCAUUUAUUGCUCGCAUUCGUUUGUACAAUGUACAAACUCAAUUGAGAACGGUAAAUCCUCGUACUGCCCCCUCCAUUGUUUAGUCUUUGCAGUUUCCGAUAUUGGAUGGAGAAGAAGGAUAAAGAGCUGUGUCUCUGGUUUGGCCAGGCGCCUAUAUAUUGGUUUUCGUCUUUCAGAUUCUUUGUACUAUUCACAAUGGAGACAAGAGUAUAUAUGCUUUAGAAUUAGGCCUUUUUCUUGUGUCACAAAUUUGAGUUGUAUGCGUAAAGACACAUCUACUAAUGAAAGUUCAUUGUCCGGUUUAUCUAGACCGGAGUGAUUCAAUUGAAA